AUGGAGAAAAAUGCUCCAAAUUUACCUGUCCAACUUUUUGAAUAUGACAAACGUGUUUGGCAAUAUGGAAGUGAGUUCACAUUCUAUGAUUAUAAUCAACCAGAAGAACUCCCAUCAUCAUUGAAGACUGCAUAUCAAAUUGUGGUUGCAGAUCCUCCUUAUCUGUUACCCAUUCUGUUAAUCAUUGUGACUGAAGGAUAUUGUACUAAUUCACACCCAGAAGGAAGAGUAGCGAAAAAAGGACCUUGUUUGCUAGUUACCAGAAUGGACCAGGAUAUUGCACAUGAGAUUGAUGGGUUGAGCAUAAAAUUUCUCACUUGUAUGCCCGGAACAACUAUGGGGGAUUGGAGGGAGGGGAAGAAAGCAAGUUCUGCUGUGAUAAAUAUUAGCAGGUCAUGGGAUAGGACAAAGUGGGAACAGGGGGUGGUUGGUGGGGAUAGGUCAGGCAACAGGAAAAGGUGGGAUUGGAUGAGGGCUGCUGCCAUUUACAAUCCUAUCUUUUAUCCCCCUUCUAUCCUAAAAGGCCUCGUGGAAAAGUGUGACAUGGGGCGAGGCGCAAAGACGUCUUGGAGUUAUAGCAUAGCGCAGUGCAUGGCACACGCUUUGUUGAAAUAA